AUGGCGGGUUUCACUCAACGUGCUGAUGAAAGCUCAGGAAUGGUCCUACUCGCUGGAAAUUCGCAUCCGGAAUUGGCUCGUUUGGUGUCCGACCGUUUGGGCAUCCGCCUCGGAGACGCCACCGUGUAUAACAAGACGAAUCGCGAGACAUCCGUCGACAUCAAACAAUCGGUUCGUGGAAAGCACGUGUUCAUCCUUCAAAGCGGCUCCAAGAAUGUUAACAACGAUGUUAUGGAGCUUCUCAUCAUUAUCUACGCUUGCAAAACGUCAAUGUCGAAAACGAUCACCGUCAUCAUGCCAUAUCUUCCAUACAGCAAACAAUGUCGAAUGCUUCGUCGCUCAUCGAUUCCGAUGAAAUUGAUUGCCGAGAUGAUUUGCAAAGCUGGUGCCUCUCGUUUGGUGUCGCUCGACCUCUACAAAAAGGAAAUCCAAGGAUUCUUCUCCAUUCCAGUCGAUAAUCUUCGCGCUUCACCAUUCCUUCUCCAAUACAUCAAACAAUAUAUUCCUGACUACAAAAAUGCGAUUAUUGUUGCCAAAUCGCCAGGUGUAAUGAACAAGGCGACAUCUUAUGCCGAUCGCCUUCGUCUUGGUGUGGCGGUCAUACACGGAGAACAGAAGGAUUCGGAGGAGUCGGGUCUUGAGGAUGGCCGUCAAUCGCCACCACCAAAUUUGGCGUCGUUCGAGCUCUUCCCGGCUCAGGAGCCAAAACAAAAACCGCCAUUGAGCGUUGUCGGUGAUGUUGGCGGAAGAAUCGCUAUCAUGGUGGACGAUAUUAUUGACGAUGCGCAGUCGUUCGUCGCUGCCGCUGAGGUUCUCAAAGCUCGCGGAGCUUACAAGAUCUACGUGCUCGCUACUCAUGGUGUUUUGUCGUCUGAUGCUCCAGCCCUUCUUGAAGCUUCUCCAAUUACUCAGGUUAUCGUCACCAACACCGUGCCACACGACCUUCAGAAAAUGCGUUGCCACAAAAUCAAGACGGUCGACAUUUCGUUGAUGCUCUGCGAGGCUCUUCGCCGCAUAUAUCAUAAUGAGUCGAUGGGACAACUCUUCCGCGACAUCACCCUUGAUGAUUAA